GCUACGGCCUCGUCAUUUUUCACCUGGGUAUCUGUCACUGUCAUGAUGGACAUCAGGUGUAGCUGUAGCAAAACGCAUCCAACAACUUUUAGCAGCCCAUGUUAUUGUAGCACCAUUCGGUGGCUCUACAAUCUUCUCGUCUCUAGACAGAAGUGUUGUUCCGGCCCGUGUGUCGAUUCUGCCCAUCCUAAGCCGGGUAUGACGAUGUUGCAUUGACAUGUGAGGAAAAUGUCGAGAAUCGUACCAGUUUCUCUCCUACUUAUUUGCCUAGCUGCACAACAGUCCGAGACAGUCGCUGAUAGUAGUUCAGACCCCCACAGCGAUGCCGUUGUGCAAUCACUGCCUGGCUGGUCGGGCCCGCUGCCUUCCAAGCACUACAGUGGAUACGUGGAUAUAGACUCUGGUCGUAUGCAUUACGUGUUCGUGGAAAGCGAGAACAACUGCCUAAGCCAGCAGCAGGACCAAGUGCCACUGGUACUGUGGGUGCAGGGCGGUCCUGGAUGCAGUUCUCUGAUGGGGUUUUUCACGGAGGUGGGGACGUUCCAGGUGGCCACCGAACAUAACAAUGACAGCUCACUGCGGCUGGAGCUGAACGCUCACCGGUGGAGCAAGUGUGCACACAUGCUGUACUGGGAAUCUCCCGUCGGUGUUGGUUUCAGCUAUUCACCCAGCAAACACUACAAGACCAAUGACAGUCAUGUGGCCGAUAUGAACCUGCAGUUCCUCGUCAACUGGUUCAAAGAGUUUCCCGAGUACGCCAACUUGGACUUCUAUAUUGCCGGUGAGUCGUACGCCGGUGUGUAUAUCCCGAUGCUGGCCACCCGCGUUCAAGAACGAAACGCAGAACACAGCCGACCGCACGACCAGGCCCGGAUAAACCUGCGGGGGAUUCUCGUCGGAAACGGCUGCAUCGGGAACGCAAUCGGAGCGUGCUCGGCGGCGUACUACCUGGUCUACGCCAUACCGUACCUGUUCCAUCAUGCGCUGGUCGGCGAUGCGGACUAUGCCGGCGUGCAGAGUGCAUGUGCCGGCAUGAGAACGCCAGACACCGAUGCUUGCGUGAGCGCAGUCAACACCCUGUAUUCGCACAUCGGCAACGUUGAUACCUUGAACGUGCUCGGUUCGUGUAAGGUGAACAUGUCCGCAAGCGCCGCCGAUGGUGGUGCCGGGACAGCCGUGUCUCUUUGGUAUUUACUGCGCAAGGGCACAUCACAUGGCGUGCAUGAUCUCCCCGACUGCCCAGUAGCACCGCUAGUUCAGCGGUAUCUCAGACGGGACGAUGUGCAGCAAGCACUGCACGUAGAACACUCAACACCACUGGCGGCCUGGAGUGGCUGCUCGGCCGACCUGCAUGCAUUGUACGGCGAGACGGUCACGUCGGUUCUGCCGGAUUACGUGAACAUGCUCGGCGACUAUCGCAUCUUGAUCUACAACGGUGACGCCGACGCCAGCGUUCCCUUUACGGAUAACAAGGAGUGGACGGAGAGCUUUGCUGCGCAGAUGGGCUUGGUCGUGUCGUAUCCAUGGCAGCCAUGGCUGACCGAACUAGGGCAGGUUGGUGGCUACAUGACCGGGUACACGAAGGACUUCACAUUCAUGACGGUCAGGGGUGCGGGACACAUGGUGCCCAUGUUGAAACCAGCACCUGCUCUUGAGAUGUUCACACGGUUUAUUCAGAAUUCACUCUGACGAAGUCUGCCGUGAUAUCAAAAUUGUUCAGUGAGAACCUAUUAGGAUCAUCUCCUCAUUAAUGCUUCGAAGUAGGUACCAAACUUGGUGUAUAAUAUUGAGAUUGAAGAUGUUUUGCAAUAAUGAUUGUAAUGUUAAUGAAUACGUGUACAUGCCUCGAACAAACCAAGAUUUUGCCAAACUAUAUCAGAGCUUUCUUUACAUUGCUCUAAAAAUCA